AUGUCUUCACUUCUAUCCUCCAACGGCAGAGAUGAUAGCACGGAAGUUUCGUCAACUAUCCAGUUUGAUUUCGACAGUAUCAAUCUCGUCGUCCCGCUAUCACAGCCUGGAAGCUCCCCGGAUCCUAUAAUGAGCCCUGCUGAAGACUACAAGCAAGUGGUGCAGAAAGAAGCAUUAGCGGCUUUGAUAUCUUCGGAGCGGCGAGAAUCGUCCCCGUCACCUGGACAUACAUCUUCUCAGAAGAGAGUCUGGCAAGCUUUGCAACAGUUCUCGAAUCAUCUAUACCAAAAAGACUGGUUUUGGGAGUUCCUAUCUUGCAUUGUCGUUGUCGUCAGCUUUGGUGUUAUCACAACCAUACUUGCGUGCUACCAGGAUCGGCCUCAAUCCGACUGGGCCCCGCAGCACUAUCGCGUCUCAAUCAACGCCGUGGUCGCCGUGCUUACCACAAUCGUAAAGGGAGCAUCAAUGGUGGUUGUGGCAGAGGCUAUCAGCCAGCUAAAAUGGCUCUGGUUCGAGAAGUCCCAUCAACUACAGGACUUCGACCGCUUCGACCGAGCCAGCAGGGGCCCUUGGGGUGCUAGCCGAUUGUUGUUUUGGUUUCAUGGACCAACACUAGCCCUUCUUGGAGCCCUGCUCACUGUGCUUGCAUUAGCUAUUGAUCCUUUUACACAAAACAUUAUCGACAUUCGCAGCUGUCAGACUCCCGUCACCAACCUUACCGCUACUAUCCAGACCGCAAAUGUGUACGACGCAUAUUUAGGGGAAAGACGGCUGGAGUUUAUGUCCAGCACCACUAGCGAUACUCUUUGGGAUGAUACAUGGUACUUACUGGCCAACUCAACACUCUCAACCCUGAAGUUGCCCAACUACCCGGGCACUUUCAGCAACUUUUCGAUGAUUGCAAAAGUGACUUCGGAGUGCUCCGCAGACGAGCCAUAUUCAUAUUAUUCGGUUCGGCGGUGCGCAACGCCCGACGAUAUCGAUGCCAAACGCGAGGAGACCUAUCUCAAACCAAUGGCAGUCGAGUGCAUCUUGUACUUCUGCUCUAGGACUUUCGAUGCACACAUGCGGAACGGCGCAGUACAAGAGGUAGAGAAGAACCGUACAGUCGCCUUGACGCCGUGGAUCGACACGUACCAGUAUUACACCAGCGAUCGCACUAUUACAGUUCCCAGGACCUUGAUCAUGGACCCCGAGUUAUGCCUGCUUAGCAAUGAUUCACUAGGCAAGGUAUCCACGAGUCCGCCGAGAUCAGGCAUGCAAUGCAAUAAUCGGAAGGAUAUGCCUCAAGUAGACUGGGGCGGGGGCAAGGAAACCUACUAUUGCUACAACAACGAGACCACUGAGCUGUGGUACAACUCCAGAUGUUUGUUCCAGGUCGGUCAGAAGUCUGUGAAUGCUGCUGCGAACUUUUUCUGGCACUUGUGGAACGGGACCGUCUCUGGUGGAUCGUUUGAGGGAACAAAGGCUGAGCCAGACUUACUAGAUGUCCUCUACGGCAGAGGAAACAGCUCCUUUGACGUUGUCGACUGGACAUUUCUCAGUAUAGCGAAUUCGAUGACGGCAGCAAUUCGGCAGACUGGAGGGUCACCGGCGGUGGAGCAGAAUUACACCCGUGUGUACGGUGUCGCCCGAGGCACAGUUCUCAUUGCCGAUACCUGUAUCGGCGUUCGCUGGGUCUGGAUAUCGCUUCCAGCAACUAUAGGAACACUCAGCAUUCUCUUCCUUCUUCUGACGGUCAUUCAAAGCUCACGAGAAGGCAAGCGGCCAGUAUGGAAGUCCACUUCUCUAGCAGUCCUGUACCAUGGUCUUGAUUCCGCUCUCAAUAAGGACUCGGCGACGUUACUCCAUACACGGGAGAUGGAAGAGCAUGCCCGGCGGGUGAAGGUGCGGUUGCAGGAGUCAGGAUAUAGCUUGUUACUAUGUAAUAUCUCGGAAGGCGUAGCGGAAGAGGCUUUAGAUUUAGAAGGUCACGGGAGUGUACAUUCAAGGACCUAA